GAAUACAGAGUCUAGAACGAUGUUUUAAUUUAGUUUGUAUUUGUUUUUGUUAAUCAUUAAUAUUUAGAAUUAGUUUCAAUGUAACUACAAGAAAAUAAUUGUGUUUGAAAAAGUAUUACAUGGCUAAUCGGACACUUACCGGUUUCUCGAUCCUUCUAAAGAAGUACUUCUGAACUCAGACAUGGAUGAAGAUUAUGAAAAUUCCGAUACUGAUGGUGAAUUUGCUUUUGAAACUGACCACUUAGCUAUAAGAGGAAACAAGGAUUAUUCUGAAUUACUAAAAUAUAUUGUUCAUUUAGAGGCUCAAAAAAUUAAAGCUUUAAAGGAUAUAGAGGAUUUAGCGGAUGCACAAAACAAGGCGUUGGAUGACCCAUUGGCAUUUAUUCAGGUUUUAAAAACUGGAAAAAUAAAUUUUCCUCCUCGGCAAGUUAUAGCUGAUAUCCCUGAGAUUGAAUGGAGUAAAUAUGGAAUUGAGUCAUCUUCUGAUAAUGACAGAGAUACUAAACCAAUAAGAGAAGAAAUAGAUUGCGGUACAAAAGUAAGAGGGCGAACAUUCACUGACAAUAAACCUGAAACAUUUAAUCAACUAUGGUCAUGCGAAGAGCAAAAAAGAUUAGAAGAAUUAUUAGAGAUAUAUCCUGAAGAACCAAUUGAAGCAAGGCGAUAUAAAAAAAUAGCAGAUGCUCUUGGCACUCGCACACCUAUACAAGUUAUGAGCAGAUUACAAAAGUACUUUGCAAAGCUCGCAAAAGCGGGCCUACCUGUACCGGGGCGAGUACCAAAACGGGUUUCUAAAGAUCGUAAUAGAUCAAUGUUUUAUAAAAAAUCAACAUUCUUCCCUCAACUUCAUGUACCUGUUAAAAUGGAAGAUCCAUAUGACAGCAGUGAGGCUCAGGAAGGCUCAUCUGUCGAUACAAAGUCAGGAAAUAAAUCAAUUAUGGAAUUACUUAGGAUGGCUAAAGAACAGAGAUUGUUAGAUGAGACUACACCGGUUUAUCAAAUGAAAACAAUGUGUGUUGGGUGUCAAAAGACAGGUUUUCUUGGAGCAAGAUGGACUGAUAAUGCUGGGACAGAUUAUUGUACCGAUUGUGUUGUUAAGCUUUUACCAGCUGAAAAACUAAUACCAGUCAGGCAAAUAACUUGACAUUAGUUUACAUUAGGUUAUAUUUUUUAACAUUUAAUAUUGUGUAAAUAUAUUCUUCAUAAGCCCUGAACUCGGAAUAUGUGUGACAUGCAAUUUGAGCAUUAAAUUAUGUGUUUUCUUCAUUUUAAUGUUUAUGCAUGAUUCUUUUAUAUAAUAGCUUUUUUAUUUUUUUUAGAAUAUAAAGAAUAAAUUAAUAAAUUAACAUUUUUCUCUCAACUCACAGGAACAAAUUAUUUUGUAUCGAAUGUUGAAAAUACACACCAAUAUGGUUCAAGAGACAUUAUUCAAAUUUAACAAUAUUUAAGUAAAUACUAACAACUUGUGAUUUUCAACAAUGCCAUAUUUAUCUCAAAUUUUGUCAUAAAAAAAAAAUAUUUAAUUUUUAGUCUUAUUAUAAAAUAAAAUAAGGAUUUAAUGGUGUUAAGUAAUAAAAUAAAAAUUCAAAUUCUUUCUAAAUAGAUUUUAGUAUAGAUAACUUAUUCACACGAAUGAAUGUUGAUUGAACUUUACAGCCUUGUGAACAAUGACGAUAAAACUAAAUAUAUCUACUAAAUCAAGCGUGAUUAUUUAUAAGGACAUUUUACAGAAACCAAAUAUAAGUAAAUAAUUCAAAAGGUCACGAAUAAGUAAAUCCAUUGCACUUAUUAUUAAAAAAAAAUUAUGUUAUUUUAGUGUAACGAAACUAUUUUUUUCUCUAUUAUGUAUCACUGACACACAAUCUGUUAACUGUUUGAUGAAACAAGAGUUUUAAUGGAGCGAUCGCGCAGUAGUGGGUAUUCGCCGCGAGUGAUGAUGAACCACUGGCUUGGAACAAUGAACACGGCCCGCAACUGGCGUUCCCUCUAGAUAGACAUACACAUGAUUCUAUCAGGCAUGGUUAGAAAUACACACAAGCGACCAUACGCGACAUCGACAGAUAUAAAAUGUUUAGGCAUCAUCAAUUUCGUCAUACAUUUCACAUACAAUCUUCGUAAACGAAUUGUUCCUUGAAUGGUGUAACCCUUUACUAAACUAAAUAAAUGCCUACAUUACUCAAU